CGGUGACGUCAAGGGGCGCGCGGUGGCAGCACCUCCCCGCGCGCUAGUUAAAAAGAAGAAGAAAAGAGGGAGCGAAACAUGAGAGGUCGUGCGAGGAGCGGGAGCCGCCGCCACCAUCCCCAUCAUCCCCAUCACCGGCGGAGGAGACCCCGGCAUCAUCCCCACCCCGCUCCCGUCUCACCUAAAACAGCUCCCGUUGCAGGGACAAGUGACCUGCCGCCUCCUCCUCUUCUUUUUCCCUCCACCUUCCUCUCCGCCCCCUCGCCCCCUUCCCUCUCCUCUCACUUCCCGGCUGCAACCCCCCCGGCCGGUCCUGCCCCCGGCCCCUCUCCCCAGGGUGUCACCCCCUGCACCCCUUUGAUCUCGGUCCCCGGGCUCCCUUAGACCUUUCUCCCUCCCCCCCCCACCCCCUGGCUUGUCCUUCUCUCUCCUCCAUGCAUAUAUUUUUGCCCAGUUGCAUCCCUCUGUCUCUGUCCCCUUCUCGGCCUUUUUAUUACCCCCGCCCUCCCCAGUUGCAGUUUAGUGCACCCAAUUAAGGGGCCUUCUUCUCUUUAUCUCUCAUACAUGCAUAGAUUUUUGCAAAGUUGCAUCCCUCUGUCUCUGCCCCCUUCUUGGCCUUUUUAUUACCCCCGCCCUCCCCAGUUGCUAUUUAGUGCACCCAAUUAAGGGGCCUCCCCCCCCUUUUAUUUUUAAAUUAAGGGCCCUUCCCCCUUUUUUUUUUUUCCUCCCCCCCCUCUCACCCACCCUCGCACCCGAGCUCGGCUCCCCUCCUGCUGCUGCAGGCAGAUGAUGCUGAAGAUGCUUUCCUUUAAGUUGCUGCUGGUGGCCGUGGCCCUGUGCUUCUUCGAAGGGGAUGCCAAAUCGGGGGAGAGGAACGAAGGGAGCCUCGCCAGGAGGAGAAGGUGCCUCAAUGGAAACCCCCCGAGGAGGCUGAAGAGGAGAGACAGGAGGGUGAUGUCCCAGCUGGAAGCCCCGAGUGGGGGAGAGUCGGUGUGUGGGGGGCUCUAUCCCCGACUUUCCUGCUGCUCCAGGACUGACAGUCAGGGCUGGCUGCACGUGGAGACCAAGAUAUUUUCUGUUAUCAACAACACAGAAUGUGUGAAGCUACUGGAGGAAAUCCAAUGUGCACACUGCUCACCACAUGCUCAGAAUCUAUUCCAUUCACCUGAGAGAGGGGAAGCGACUGAAAGAGAAAUAGCUCUUCCCUUGCUGUGCAAAGACUAUUGUAAAGAAUUCUAUUAUACUUGCAGAGGUCACAUUCCAGGUUUCCUUCUAACAACAGUUGAUGAGUUCUGUUUUUACUAUGCAAGAAAAGAUGGUGGGUUGUGCUUUCCAGAUUUUCCAAGGAAACAAGUGCGAGGCCCAGCGUCAAACUAUUUGGAUCAGAUGGAAGAAUAUGACAAAGUGGAAGAGCUCAGCAGAAAGCACAAACACAACUGCUUCUGCCUUCAGGAGGUUGUAAGUGGACUAAGGCAGCCUAUUGGAGCCCUGCAUAGUGGGGAUGGUUCCCUUCGUCUGUUCAUCCUUGAAAAGGAAGGAUACGUGAAGAUUUUCACCCCCGAAGGAGAAAUUGUCAAAGAGCCUUUUUUGGACAUUCACAAACUUGUGCAAAGUGGAAUAAAGGGAGGAGAUGAAGAGAGACUGCUAAGCCUUGCAUUCCAUCCCAAUUACAAGAAAAAUGGAAAGCUCUAUUCUCUUUAUAACAACCAAGAACGGUGGGCCAUGGGUCCUCAUGACCACAUUCUCAGGGGUGAAUACACGGUCUCCAGAAAAAAUCCCCAUCAAGUUGAUAUGAGAACAGCAAGAGUGUUUGAAGUAGCGGAACUACACAGAAAACAUCUAGGAGGACAACUGCUCUUUGGUCCAGAUGGUUUCUUAUACAUUUUUCUUGGAGAUGGAAUGAUCACAUUAGAUGAUAUGGAGGAGAUGGAUGGUUUAAGUGAUUUUACAGGUUCAGUGUUGCGGCUGGAGGUUGAUACUGACAUGUGCAAUGUGCCUUAUUCCAUACCAAGAAGCAACCCACACUUUAACAGCACUAAUCAACCACCGGAAGUUUUUGCUCACGGGCUCCACAACCCAGGCAGAUGUGCAGUGGAUCGCCACCCCACAGAUGUAAAUAUUAAUUUAACUAUACUCUGCUCAGAUUCAAAUGGAAAGAAUAGAUCGUCAGCCAGAAUCCUACAAAUCAUAAAGGGGAAAGAUUAUGAAAGCGAACCUUCACUUUUAGAAUUCAAGCCAUUCAGUAAUGGACCUUUAGUCGGUGGAUUUGUAUACCGAGGCUGCCAGUCUGAAAGACUUUAUGGAAGUUACGUGUUUGGUGACCGUAAUGGAAAUUUUUUAACUCUCCAACAGAGUCCUGUAACCAAGCAGUGGCAAGAGAAACCACUCUGCCUUGGCAGCAGUGGUUCCUGUAGAGGAUUCUUUUCAGGUCACAUAUUAGGAUUUGGAGAAGAUGAAUUAGGUGAGGUUUACAUCUUAUCAAGCAGUAAAAGUAUGACCCAGCCUCACAAUGGAAAACUAUAUAAGAUUUUUGAUCCUAAAAGGCCUUUAGUUCCAGAAGAAUGCAGAAUCACCAUUCAGCCUGCCCAGACACUGACAUCUGAAUGCUCACGACUUUGUCGGAAUGGUUACUGCACCCCUACUGGAAAAUGCUGCUGUAAUCAAGGUUGGGAAGGUGACUUCUGCCGAAUUGCAAAAUGUGAGCCAGUCUGUCGCCAUGGAGGUGUCUGUGUCAGACCAAACAAGUGCCUAUGUAAAAAAGGAUACCUUGGCCCCCAGUGUGAACAAGUGGACAGAAACAUCCGAAGAGUGACAAGGGCAGGUAUUCUUGAUCAGAUCAUAGACAUGACAUCCUAUUUGCUGGAUCUAACAAGUUACAUUGUAUAGUUUCUGGGACUAUUUGAAAUUUCAAUUUCAACGGGCAUUUAUUUUUAAUCCUGUCAUUAGAAAAAAAAAAAGACUGUUAUCCUGCUACAAACUCCUGUGAUUUCGUUGACUUUUAUUAAUUUAAAAAUAAGUUUCAGAAUGUGCAGAUAAACUGUGUAUGCACGUUUGUACAUAUGUACAUGCGCACAUCCACAAGUGUUUUUAUUUUCAAAAAAAUAUUUCCUUGUGAGAGUAGUUUACAAAGUAUUUCCACUGUAAAUUUAUCGAUGGACUUUAUUUUGCCAGAAUGGAUUCUCUGACAUCCCAACAAUUUUGUGUCUGUAAUGACGGAGCAGAGCAAUUUUUAAAUGGAGUUUUGAAACAUUACUGUGCGAAACUGACGAAUUUAAUAAAAAUGUUGUAACUUUUAAAAGUUUAAGGACAACAUGCGAUAAUGUUUCAUAACUCCCUGCUGCAUUUCUAAAUGGGCAACUUGCUGUAAACUGUAACCUUCACCUUCAUCGAUGUACUCUAUCACAGAUUGUUAUUAUGCACUUACCUUUUAUUGGCAUAGAAAUCUGGUUACCCCCGCUUAAUUCUCCAGAUUGUUUUCAAGUGUAUUAUAAUUAAAUUAUAUCAGCUUAUUUCAAAACCA